AUGUUACAACUGAAGAAGAUAUCCCAAGUAUUAUCUCAAGGGUUGGAAGCUGUUCCUAUACAAACUACCGGCGAUACUUCGCCAUUGGUUUCACCUAUUUCAAUUUCUUUGUUAUCUAACAAUGGUGUAGCUUUAAGUACCGUAUAUAAUCAAACUACUAUUAAUAUUGAUGAUAUUAAAGUAUAUUCAUUAUUAAUUUAUAAUUAUUAUCGUAAUAUUCAAGAUGGUACAAAUUGGGGGGUUUUAGAACUUGAUACAAAAUUAAAUAUUAUGAUCCAGAAAUUAUCCUUAGAUGAAAAUCAAUCAUUUGAAAAUGGUAUAGCCGUUAAACAAGAUGAAUUAAUUGACGAUAAAGAAUAUUAUGUAGUGAUAUUAUAUGAUAAACAAUUACCUAAUCAUAUAGCGAAGUAUAAAUUGGAUAAUUUGGUAACAGCAUUGAAUGAAGGAUUAAAAGGGAUUUAA